GCGCACCGCUUGCGCUUGCGGACUGCUUGGAAGACCUGAAGCAGGUAUUAAACCAGCUGGAGAGGCCAGGUGGCCUUAAGAGCGGCCCAGAGAGAAGGACAUGACACAAGUCGGACAUCGGGGCCAUGGGGUCUCAACAUUCUGCCUCUUUUCGCCCUGCCUCCUUCGAGCGAAAGAAAGAUGACAGGGAAGAUUUCCUGGCUGAUCCUGAGCAGGAAGAAGCCAUCGCCCAGUUUCCAUAUGUGGAGUUCACGGGGAGAGAUAGCAUUACCUGUCUCACCUGCCAAGGGACAGGCUACAUCCCAACAGAGCAAGUCAAUGAAUUGGUGGCUUUGAUCCCACACAGUGAUCAGAGAUUGCGUCCUCAGAGAACUAAACAGUAUGUUCUUCUGUCGGUCCUGCUAUGCCUCCUGGCAUCCGGUUUGGUGGUUUUCUUCCUGUUCCCACAUUCAGUCCUCGUGGACGAUGAUGGCAUCAAAGUGGUGAAAGUCACAUUUAAUAAACAGGACUCCCUCGUAAUCCUCGCCAUCACGGCCACCCUGAAAAUCAGGAAUUCCAACUUCUACCCUGUGGCAGUGACCAGCCUGUCCAGCCAGGUUCAGUACAUGAACACAGUGGUUGGCACAUAUGUGACCAGGAAUGUCUCCCUCAUCCCACCACGGAGUGAGCAGCUGGUGAAUUUUACUGUGAAGGCCGAGAUGGGAGGACCAUUUUCCUAUGUCUACUUCUUCUGCACAGUACCUGGUAUCCUGGUGCACAACAUGGUGAUCUUCAUGCGAACUUCAGUGAAGAUUUCAUACAUCGGCCUCAUGACCCAGAGCUCCUUGGAGACACAUGACUAUGUGGAUUGUGGAGCAAAUUCCACAGCUGUUUAGCACGUGCUCUUGGGUCUCCAUGCCAGCACCUGUAGAAGAGAGCCCAGCAUCUUUUCCCAGGGCCAGAGUUCAUCACUGACCCCAGGUGGUUGAACCAGGGGAGGAAUUGGCUCUGUUAACUCCCAACAAACAUCUUCCUGCCACUUAGGGGAAAAGUCUCUACAGCACCGUGUGUGUUUCCUAGAGCCAGCAGAAUCACUGCCCAGUGCCUAGGCUAUGCCCAGCAAAUAGUCAGUGCUUGAUAAAGGUUUGAAGGAUUUAAUUCAGAUCUCCUCAACUGUUCUUCAGGCAUGAUAAGCUGAAACCAUAUCAUGGGUCUAAGUUAUCGAGCCCUAGAGUAAUGUGCAGAUAGGACUGUUAGUGCAGCUGCAGGUCUAUUGGUGCCUUAUGGGCACAGAAGAGGCAGCAGAGAGGGACCCCUCAAACCCCUGAAAGAAGACAGCACAGACCCAUUUGAUAAGCAUUUGUUUCAUCUGUUCCCAGAUGUCUAGGAGACCAGGAUUGGGGGGGGCGUGUUGUGUAGAAAGUUACAGUUGUUUCUACCAAGAGUCUUUGUGAGCCUUGAUUUACCCUUCAUCCAAUGGCUGGAACAUGGAUUGGGUAUUUGAUAGAAAAAUAAAUCCUGCUUUUGAUUUA